GAAAUGUGCUUUUAACACUUUAAAUUAUAAUUUUUGUGGGCUAAUUUUCUUUAAAUUUUUGCAUUGUUUUAAAUUCAUUAUACUGUAAUAGUUUUAAAUGAGAUCAGAUGUAAGGCUUUUCAAUAUUUAAACUUAAGGAAUUUCAGAAUAUUCAUUCUGACUCUAAAAUAUCUUAGACACCAACUGGCUAUAUGAAAUUAAAAUUCAAAAACAGAAAAAAACAUUUCGUAAUAUAUAACAAUGAUGACACAAAAUUGUCCAAUAUGAAAGUAAAAUUUGUGGUCCAAUUAGCAUGCAAUGAAAUGGGUCAUGGAAAUUUCACUAAGUAUUGGACACUGAGAGCACUGAUGCAUAGUGUACAGGUGAGAUAAUUUACCUAUUGUUUGACAGGUGUGUUGUCUUCUGUAUUACCUGCACACAGGUAACAUAUCUAACUAAUUUGAAUUCGCAAAAAUUUCCUUUCACGGAACAAUACACCAGAAGAAACAAUCAUAACAAUUCGUCUAACACACAGGCAUGUUGUGAUCGGAUGAAAUUUGUUUUUAAAUAAUAGGAUUUUGAAAUCAGCUUUAACUUCAAGAGAUCAAUCUUUCUCCCAACUGUGUUCAUUUAAAAUAGAGAGUAUGGACCACACCAUACCACAGGAACACUCAAUGUCACAAGAAGUCAAGACAUGCGAGAUCUGUGCCGCCGCCCAGCUCCAGAUAUUUUGCAACAACUGUCAAAUCAGCUUGUGUGGUAAGUGUGACACAGAGCACAGAAAAGGAAGGCUGUGUAGUUUACAUGACAAAGUGCUGUUCCCAGACCUAAACAAACUGCUGUUUCCUAGCUGUACCAUCCAUCAAGAUCAGACCUGUCAUUCCUACUGUAAACAAUGCGACAUUCCCGUCUGCAAUAAAUGCAAGACCCAGACUCACCAUGAUCACCAUGAGCUGAUAGAGAUGUCUCACUUUGUCAGUACGAAACUCAAUGAGAUUAAGGCCGAGAUAGAAGAGCUGCUGAAAAAAGUCAUCCCCUGGUGUAGACAAACUAAAGCAGACACUGCUUCCAAACUCUCCAUGACUGAAGUCAAAUACGACCAGAUGAUCCAUGAAUUGGAGAUUCAUCGGAAAAUCUGGCAUCAGGAAGUAGACGGUAUAUUCAACAGUGUCAUGAUGAAAAUUCGCAGCGAGAAGGAGAAAAGCCUCAGAGAACUACAAAACCAUCAGUCUGAUCUUGCCCAGAUUUACAAUGUUAUGUACCAAACAGUUCAAGAGGACAGGGACAUAUUGAUGUCAAAGGAGGCUGCCAUAAUAGCUGCCCACAAGUCUAGAUUGAUGGACUGCUCACAAUUUAAGACUGGUCCCGACAUCAAAAUUCCAAUACUAAGGACAAAAAUAAACAAAGGGAGGGAACUCUCUUUACAGCUGGAAAACAUUGAAGCCUCCCUAACUCAGAAUUCAUGUGUUAGUAACAUGAUGGAGAGCAUCUCAAAUGAAACUUUACCAAAAGAUUGUAUAUGUACUAGUAUCACCAAUUCAACAUCAAAUGAAAAUGUGCCAUCAAUACCAUUAUGUGCCCUUUCUGCACCAAAUGGAAGACCAGUAGCAAAAUCUUAUAGUAAGGUAGCAGAUAGCAUUGCUAAGGCAACUAAAAAAUUGUUGCUGAUAAAACAAGGUGAUAAAUGUCUUCAAAGAAAAAUCAAAGAGGAAUCUACAUUUACAUGUCCUAGUUCUCUAGGUCCAUCACGAGUGAUGUCAAGAACUCUAGAUCUGCACCCUACAGAGAACAUGGCUUGUUCGGCUGUGAAAACGAUGGAGGUCAGUGUGAUAAAAAAUACUACAAGAGAUAGGUCAAAGUCUUUAGACCAAUCUAAACAAAAUCCAGUAGAGUUAACAAAGACAAUACUAGUAGCCCACUGCACUAAAGCAGAACAGAAAUCUUUGACAGAAAGAAAUUCUGCCAUUUUUAUGACAAAUGGGCAGCUGUUGAAAAAAGCUAGAGUGAUAUCUAGUUUUUCCACAGGACUAGAGAAUCUGACUGCAGUAGCUUGCUACGGGAGUCGAGAGGCGUGGAUUUGCGCAGAAACCAAGGUCAUAAAGCGACUUGACAUCCAAGGCUUCCAGAAGAAUGCACUGCUUGCCACAUGUAAAUAUUUCCCAGGAGACAUUGCAGUGACGAGAGAUGGUGAACUGAUCUACAGCAAUGUCAAUGCUAGGACAGUUACUGUAGUCAGGGAGGAGAAAACAGAAAUACUGAUACAGGUCACAAAAGGCUGGCACCCUUGUAAACUCUGUUGUAGUUCAUCUGGAGAUAUUCUGGUCGCAAUGUUCACGUCUGAUGACAAGAAUCACAAAAUUGUUCGAUACCACGAGGGAAAAAUCAUCCAGGAGAUCGAAAAAGACGUCAACUAUGAGAAUCCCCUGUUCCAAGAAGGGAGACAUCCAGUUUACGUCGCUGAAAAUACAAAUGGGGAUAUUUGUGCAGCAGAUCUGAAUGCAGAGAUGGUGGUUGUGAUUGACAAUAGAGGAAAGGAAAAGUUUCGAUACGACGGAACAGCUGCAAAGAGAGCCAAGCCUUUCGUACCUGGACCAAUCGUGACAGACUCCUCAGGACACAUCAUUGUAACGGAUCAGAUUAACGACUGCCUCCAUAUCUUGGACAAGAAUGGACAGUUCCACGGCUGUAUUGACAAUUGCGGGCUAGACCAGCCCACAGGGCUCAGUGUGGACAAGGAGGGAAGGUUAUGGGUCGGGUCAUACAAUACUGGAAAUGUGAAGGUCAUUGAAUACCUGAAGCCAAGAAAAAGUGGGCCUUCACAGAAACAAUGUCUUGAUGACAAAAACUGAGGCAACCUUGAUCAUUAAUGAGAAUUUGUGUCAUUGAUGUUACAUAUGGAUGGAAAAAAAAGAACACUUUUUUAUACAGUACUAUAUUCUAAAUCAUUACUGGUAAAACGGCAAUUUUAAAUUUGUGCAUAUGGCUUAAUUCAUUUCUCUAAUAAACACUUGUUAUCAAGUCAAAUUGUUCAAUUUGAACUUUGGAUGUUCGUAACAGGAAGUGAGGUAUAUUUAGAACAAUGAACCUGGAAUUCAGCUAGUGCUUCUUUGAGAGAGAGAGAGAGAGAGAGAGAGAGAGACGGAGAGAGACGGAGAGAGAGACAGAGACAGAGAGACAGAGACAGACAGACAGAUGGAG